AAGCUGGUGCAGGCGGCCCAGGGGGGCGACGUCGAGGCGGUGGGCGUGUACUUGCGCGAGGGCGGCGACGUGGAUGCUGCGGACCCCGACUUGAGCGGCUCGAUGCUCAUGUGCGCCUCCUCGGCCGGCCACGAGGAGCUCGUCACCGCGCUCCUCGCGGCGGGCGCAUCGGUCAACGUGCGCGACGAGAACGGGUGCACCGCGCUCGCGAUGGCCUGCUUCUCGCAGCAGCAGGUGACCGCGAAGAUGCUGAUCGACGCCAACGCGAUGAUUGACAGCCAGGACGUGCUCGGCCUCACCGCGCUCAUGGUGUCUGCCCUCUCCGGCGCUACCUCGAUGGUGCGCUUGCUGCUCAUCGCCGGCGCGGACACGCAGCUGCGCGACGCCGCCAGCCGCACCGCCUACGACUACGCGCAGAUCAACGGCCACCUGGCGGCGCGCAAGCUGCUG